AUGGGUGUUCAACUCGGCAUAUUCACUCAAAUCAGCCAGAAACCAGAGCGGGGAGUACCUACCCAGGAAAUUGCAAAAAGACCGGGAGCAAGUCCGAUCGUCGUUGACCGUUUUCUCCGACUUCUUGCAACAACGGGAUAUACACUCGGGUAUACUUCAUGCAUUGGAUCCUCCAUGACCGAUACAAUCGGGGAUCUACCAACAGCCUGCAUGAGAGUUAUGAUGAUGGUGCAAGUUGUAGCUUUUGAGCACUCGGAAAUGCAGUGGAGAGAUUUGCUUGAAUCUGUCGGAUUGUCACGAGUUACUUUCUAUCAAUCCCCUGGAAAUGGGGAGGGUAUCAUGGGGGCUAUGAAGCUAUAA